AUGGCCAUCAUCAAGCAGUCGCUCAUUGUCCUAGUGCUGCUCAUAUGCGGAGCAGGCGGCUCCACCACACCGGCGCCGGCGCCGGAGCCGGCGCUGCUGACGCAGGAUAAUCUGUGUGUCGGCAUAAGCACUACCAACGAAGAGAUGGUCUGCGUCGCCGACGGCGCACUGGCGUGCUUCGCCGAAAAUGUAGUCACCGACGAGCUUACCUUCACGCCAUGCUUCGUCACCGCCGCCGGCGAAUGCUUGGCCAAGGAUAAGGAGGAGCCCAGCAAGAACCACUGCAUCGGCCUAGAGAUCAGCGACCUGAAAUGCCUUGGAGAUAGCGCCUGGACCUGCUACAACAGCUUCACCGGGUACAUCCCUCCCGCCUUCAUCGCGUGCUUCCCAGGCAGAGCCCCCAUGUGCACCCCACAGUGA